UCGUCGUUGACUGAUGGAAAUUUGCACAAGCUGUUUUAAAGAUGGAUCCAAUGAAAAUAGCACUAUUUCCAGCUAAAAGAACAAACCAAUGGAGCCAUCGCUUCCGACAGUUGCUGCAACUGAUCGUUCAACUCAACUUAAAGCUUUCGACGAGACAAAAACUGGAGUCAAAGGUCUUGUCGAUGCCGGAAUCUCGGAGGUCCCUGCCAUAUUCCGUGCACCUCCGGCUACUUUAACAAGUCCAAAACCACCUUCCUCCUCGGAGUUCACCAUCCCGACCAUCGAUCUCAAAGGAGGUGGCGCGGACUCGAUCACGCGGCGGAGCUUGGUUGAAAUGAUCGGAGACGCGCCGGAGAAAUGGGGAUUUUUCCAGGUGAUCAAUCACGGUAUCCCACUCGAUGUGUUGGAGAAGAUGAAAGAAGGGGUUCGUGAGUUUCACGAGCAAGACACAGAAGUCAAGAAAGGUUUCUACUCUCGUGAUCCGGCGAGUAAGAUGGUGUAUAGCAGCAACUUCGAUCUUUUUAGUUCACAGGCGGCUAAUUGGAGAGAUACGCUCGGUUGUUAUACGGCACCAGAUCCUCCGCGACAGGAAGAUCUCCCCGCCGCUUGUGGGGAGAUGAUGAUUGAGUACUCAAAAGAAGUGAUGAAAUUAGGCGAGUUACUCUUUGAGCUCCUCUCGGAAGCUCUAGGGUUAAACACUAAUCACUUCAAGGACAUUGAUUGCACCAACUCAUUGCUGUUGCUUGGCCAUUAUUACCCGCCAUGUCCCCAACCAGACCUUACUUUAGGCUUGACCAAACACUCGGACAAUUCUUUUCUCACUCUUCUUCUUCAAGACCAUAUCGGAGGGCUUCAAGUUCUCCAUGACCAAUACUGGGUUGAUGUUCCUCCCGUUCCCGGAGCUCUUGUCGUUAACGUUGGAGAUCUUCUCCAGCUUAUAACAAACGACAAGUUCAUAAGCGUGGAGCAUAGGGUUUUGGCGAAUGAAGAUGGACCGAGGAUUUCGGUGGCGUGUUUCUUUAGUUCGUAUUUGAUGGCGAACCCUCGAGUUUAUGGACCUAUCAAAGAGCUUUUGUCUGAACAAAACCCUCCCAAAUACAGAGACACCACAAUUACAGAGUAUGCAAAGUUCUACAGAUCCAAGGGAUUCGAUGGUACCUCUGGGUUACUUUAUCUCAAGAUCUGAGAAUGUCAUUAAUUGUCUAAGAAAGAUCCAGAUGCGUGGACCAUAUGUCGAUUUCAUGGAUUAAACGUUGUCAUUUCCGUUUGGUCCAAACAAGGACGUGUAAUUAAUGGGAUAUGGCUACUCGAUUGAAUUUCCAUUUGAAUAAUGAACAUGUUGGUUAUAUGCAUAUGUUUUGUUUUGUGUAUUAAAA